AUGGAAUUCUGGAAUGCUACGUUGGGAAGUGGCUUCAUCUUGGUGGGGAUUCUGGAUGGCAGUGGCUUUCCUGAACUGCUCUGUGCCACAAUCACAGCCCUGUACACAUUGUCUCUGAUUAGCAAUGGCCUGCUGCUCCUGGUCAUCACCAUGGAUGCCCGGCUUCAUGUACCCAUGUAUUUCCUGCUUGGACAGCUCUCUCUCAUGGACCUCCUCUUAACAUCAGUCAUCACUCCCAAGGCUAUAAUGAAUUAUCUGCUCAAAGACAACACUAUUUCCUUUGAAGGUUGUGCCCUCCAGAUGUUCCUAGAAUUGGCAAUUGGUGGUGCAGAAGACCUCCUUUUGGCCUUCAUGGCCUAUGACAGGUAUGUAGCUAUUUGUCAUCCCUUGAACUACACAAUCUUAAUGAGGCCAAUAGUCUGCUGGCUAAUGGUUGCCACAUCAUGGAUUCUGGCAGUCAAGAUAGCCCUGGUACUUACCAUCACCACCAUGAAUUAUUCUUUCUGCAAAUCUAGGGAGAUCAGACACUUGUUCUGUGAGAUCCCUCCUUUGCUGGAGCUGGCCUGUGCAGACACUUCUAGUUAUGAGCUUGUGGUUUAUUUGGUGGGUGUGCUCAUGUUGGUUCUCCCUCUUACUGCCAUCUUUUUCUCUUAUGCAUGGAUUUUGUUCACUGUAUUCCACAUGCCCUCAAAUGAGGGCAGGAAGAAAGCUCUUGUUACCUGCUCUUCACACAUGACUGUCGUGGGCAUGUACUAUGGAGCUCUCAUAGUUAUAUAUGUUCUACCCAGUUCCUACCACAAUCCUAAGCAAGAUAAUAUCCUUUCUGUUUUCUACACAAUUGUCAGCCCAGCUCUCAACCCCCUCAUCUAUAGCCUGAGAAAUAAGAAAGUGACUGAGGCUUUAAGGAGAGUCCUGGGAAAUAUUUGUUGCCAUCACAACAUCAAGAGAGUUCCAAUAUUACACUUCCAAACUUAA